AUGGAAGUUGCAAAUAAGGAUGUAGAAAAUCUAAGAAACAUCGGAAACCAGCCCGAUAGCCCCUCGGGCACAGUAGUACAUAAAAUGCAAGGGACGCCCCCUCUGCAGAAAAACCGAGAAAAGCCCCCAACACAGGCAACCAGAGAAGCCAGCGGUCCUGUGAGCAAGCCAAGAAAAAGAUGUUGGUGCUGUGGUGCCUGCCAAGCCCCUACAUCCUGCCCGUUCCAGAAGGAGAAAGGUGCUCUCAAUUUUCGAAUCAUUCCAAGUGGCAGUGCAUCUGCGGCAGACAUCGAAAAGGAUCGAGAUGAAUGGUUCAAGGCAAUCCGUUUUGCCUGUGGAGACAGAAGAGACUCUGUGGCAAUCUUUGGAACAGAUGAUACAAUCAACAAAACUUCUAUGUCAGCAUCAGAAGAGAGUCAGCCAACCAGAGAGAGUUUUUACCAAGCCAUGAGGCACUUUCAGGAGGAGUUAGAAAGACUAUCUUUAGUUAUCAACAAUAUAGAUGAAAGAGGUGAUGCCACGAAAGCCUUGAUACAGCUUCAGCAAAAAGCAAGAGUGAUUGAGACAAUGUGUUCUCAAAUCAGGCCUUCAUCUGAUGCAAGUUUCAGUGGUAUUUCAACUUCAGUGGAUACAGAAUCUUCCUCCCACCUUGAUCAGUCCAGCACGGUCACACUGGAUACUGGUGACCAGAGUUAUGAUGAGCUGCUGCCACCAUUAAUUAAAUCAGAUCGUCACUCGCUUAUUAUUGGCAACAAUUGGGUACUUCACAACAACAGUAGCUCUGGAUUGACAAAUGGACACUCUUUAAUAGUUGAUCCACCAGAAACAAAUGGUGAAAUUCAAAAUGGAUAUGAUACACAUCCCACAAACAAUCUUGAACAGAGGACAAAUAUGAUAGUAAAUGGCAUCACAAGCUGUUCCUCAGGAAAUCUGUCGGCAGUGUUCGAGUGCAAGUGUUUAAGGAGCAAAGAAGUGACUUGCAAAAAUAUCCACAACAGUAACAUGAAUGCAUUUGUGAACGGUCAUGAAAAAUGCCCUGAAACUACAGCAUUUGUGAAUAGCAACCAGGUGACAGCUAACAUGUUUCUUGGCUUCGCACCAACACGGAUCAAUGAGCUACCUCCUUUACCUCCCCCUCCUCCACCAAUUUUAGGUAAGUUGGACUUCAUGUUUUGGGGUUUGUUUUUGUUUUUGUUUUGUUUUGUGUUGUUUUUGUUUAUUAGUUUGCAUUUUUUUGCUCGCAUUUCUUCAACUGAGCAUGCUGGUUUGAGUGCUCUUAUGAGACAUUUAAUUGGUUUUAAAGUUUUAUUUUGUAUCAUUUUACAUAGAGUGUUACCAUAGAGUGUUACCAUUUAUUUAUGAAGCAAUGAUGUAACUCGUUGUAACUGAACGGUUACUGUAAGACUGGUAUCUGCUCUUGUGCCACACUUGGGCACAAUGCUGUGUAACAUCACCAAAGGAUGUGUACAUGUAUACACAUACAAAUAGUUGACGUUGAACAAUAGUAUACACAUAUAGCCUGGCAAUGAAGUCACCAGUGCACGUCUAUGUGCCCCGAGGGACUGUGAGUGACUGACCAGAAGAGGACUCACAGGCCCGAAGGGGGCAUAGAUGUGCACUAGCGACCGAAUUAUGCCAGUCCAUAUGUUUUAUAACACACCUCUGUCCAAAAUAUAAAAUAAGAAAAGAAACUUUGUCUUUUAGUUGAAGUGUUCUCAACAAUUAACUCUUAAGUCACUCGGAAUUCAACCAACUGCUUCUCAGAACCACACAACUCACAAAGAGAUAUCAUUCACAUGGUGUUACUGCAAACCUCCCAUUCAUUGAUCAUGUCUCCAUGCAAACCUUUAAGCCUCAUUUAACUUAUAAGCAAUCCAACAAUAAGCAAUUAAACACAAUACAUGGAAGUUGAAACAGAGGGCGCUG